UUUUGGUCUGGCACACAGGAGCCAGCCAAGGAGCUAGAUAUGUAGCAAUUUGCUAGUUACUACGGGGGGAAGUGAAGGGAAAACGGUUAAAAACGGUGUAACUUCAGACAAUUUGUACGAUGGCAUCGCAGCCUCCUCCUAAACCGUGGGAAAGGCGGAUUCCAGGAGCAGCCAUGAGUGCACCAGUUAACUAUCGGUCGACUGACUUUGCCCCACCAGGUCCCUCCACCCCCGGCCUCUCUGGUCCCGCCGGUCCUCCCGUCUUGACCCGCAUGGUGCCCCCCGUCCCCCCUCGCCCUGUCCAGUCCAUCCAGUCCUACCGUCCCUCCUACGGCUCCUUCCCUGGCUCCUCCUACAACCCCUAUGGUAGCUCCAGCCUCUACGGUGGCGCAUACAGCCCCUACAGUCCCUACAGUGGUGGCUAUGGCAUGGGAGGGGGGCUCGGUGGGGGCCUUGGUGGGAGCCUGGGCUACAGCCGCUUCGGCCAAACCGGUGGUGAAGACGUGGCGCCCAGUCGGUUUGUCCAACAGGCAGAGGAGAGCAGCCGCGGCGCCUUUCAGUCCAUCGAGAGCAUCGUCCAAGCCUUCACCUCGGUCAGCAUGAUGAUGGACGCCACCUUCUCGGCCGUCUACAACAGCUUCCGAGCCGUGCUGGAUGUAGCCAACCACCUGACACGGUUACGGAUGCACUUUACCAAGGUUCUGUCGGCCUUUGCCCUGGUGCGCACCCUGCGCUACCUGUACCGCCGCAUACAGAGGAUGCUGGGGCUGAGGCGGGACGGUGAGGUGGAGGAUCUGUGGGCAGACAGUGAAGGAGCUGUUCUGGCGACCAGAGGUGCUGGAGCCGCAAUGGAAGACCCCAGAGCCGGAGCGGUUAAGUCGUGGCCCAUCUUCCUUUUUCUGGCCGUCGUCCUAGGAGGGCCCUAUCUCAUCUGGAAGCUGCUGAGCUCUGCCCAGGGGCCCGAGGAGAGCGCCACCAACUGGGCUAGUGGGGAGGAUGACCAUGUGGUUGCCAGGGCGGAGUAUGACUUCACAGCUGCGUCGGAGGAGGAGCUCUCACUGAAUGCUGGAGACAUGCUCAACCUGGCUCCUAAAGAGCAUCAACCCAGGGUGCGUGGGUGGCUGCUGGCCAGUGUAGACGGCCAGACCACAGGCCUCAUACCUGCCAACUACGUCAAGGUCCUGGGGAAGAGGAGAGGCCGGAAGCACGCUGAGCUGGAGAGGCUGGCCCAGGUUCAGGCCCAGCAAGGGAACCAACUGGGCACCACCCUUCAAGCCCCACAGCCUAACCUGGCUACGGACCCAGUGCCAACUGUAUCCCCAGGCUUGGUUUCAGGCCUCGGCCCAGCUGAAGCCGUCCCAGGAACUAUCCCAGAGGAGCUGCUGGAGAGCGUGUACAGGGAAACGCCAGCCGGUUACAGCAGUCUGGGUCUGGGUGUAUUGCCCAGCACCACGACAGCUUCAAGCACAGUGCUCACCAUACCAGAGAAGAUAGACCUGUGAUGUCUGACUUAGUGUUUUCCCACACAUCCGUUGAGGCUGUACGUGGCUUGUUGAUGAGCUGUUCUGUAGAGCUCGGUCACGUCCAGUGAUGGGGAAACACUUGAUCUACGUCCAGAAGGUGAUUCAGUGGCUUUGGUUUGACAUUUAAUCUGCCUGGAAGCAACUAGUGAGGUUGGUAUAUGAGGUGUUGAGUACCUGGAUCAAAGAGAAGUGGUUAUCUGUCAGACAUCUGGAUAUGAGUGUUUCCAGAACGUUAUCUAGAUAUGAGUGUUUCCAGGACACCAUCUUGGUUUGGCCGUCUUGUCAGUGGUUAUCUAGACCAACCUAUACCUAUCCUGUACCAGCCUUGUCAGUACGGUUACACUACGUUUUAGCCCAAUAAUGAUGCAUAUUUAAAUGUUUUUGAUAUAGAUUUAUUUAAUUAACAGUGAAUGAGUACAUUAAAAUCAAAUGAAGCACGCUAAGAGAUUAUGUGAAUAUUGCAUCGUUUGAUGCUGACGGGACAAAGCUAUAAUAUUAUGUUUCACCGUUUUGUUCCAAGUUAAUGUCGUUGGUUUGAUAUUGAAAGAUAAAUUCAUAGGAAUAGAAGCUCUAACCCUGGUCAUUUGACUGGUACACUCACAAUGGCUGCCUGAUUGUGACUCAAUCGUUUCCAUGGUAUUUUGGAAUGUUCUAUCAACUGCUGGGUUGCCACGGUAAUGUGAAACAUUUUAUUCAAAUGAUGUGGCUCAUACAAUGGCAUGUAUUGUUUUUGUAUUGUCAGUUGACGUCACAGUCCCAAUUCAAGGGUACACUUCCUACUUGUACUUCCUGGCAUGGGUCUAGGUUGAAGAUGGGAAUAUUUUAAGACCUAGGCAUGGGUACACUUCCUACUUGUACUUCCUGGCAAUGGGUCUAGGUUGAAGAUGGGAAUAUUUUAAGACCUAGGCAUGGGUACACUCAAUGUCUACCAGUCCACCUAUUAUGUCAACAUUGACUUGGGAGACUAUUUCUAUGGAUAAAUUACUAUCAAGGUUCAGAUUUGGUUCUAAUGGAAGGAUUGACUUGGUUUUAAAUCGGUGUUAAUAUGGUUGUAAAAUGUUUGAAAUUUGGGAAUGGUCCAAACUAUAUCUUGAAUGUUCUGUAAAAAUUUCCUAAAUAUUCAAAGUGAAGUUUUGAACUUGAAAAAUUGAACUAUCCAAUAUCAAGAUGUAUUAAAUCAAGAAGUUUUGUUGAAUGCAUCUGUAAGAACUGAAAUAGCCAGUCCUCAUCUUGGUGUUUCAGUGGCAUUUUAAGUCCUCACUCUCCUGAAAAACUGUAAUUAUGUAAAUACAAUUAUUUUGGAAAUAAACAUUUUCAAAACCUGAAAA